AAACAGCAAUAUGUGAGGUAUCAGGUUAUCGCGCUGUGUGAGUGAUGUCUCAUUUUACAACAUGAAGAAUCCAUGUCUUCUAUGCAUUUUACCGUGGUUGGAGGCAAGGUAAAGAAGCCUGGUAAACGUGGCCGGAAGCCAGCCAAAAUUGAUUUGAAAGCCAAACUCGAGAGAAGCCGGCAGAGUGCAAGAGAAUGCCGGGCCAGGAAAAAGCUGAGAUACCAGUACUUGGAAGAGUUGGUGUCCAGUAGAGAAAGAGCUAUAUGUGCCCUCAGAGAGGAGCUGGAAAUGUACAAGCAGUGGUGUAUGGCGAUGGACCAAGGAAAAAUUCCUUCUGAAAUAAAAGCCCUGCUCACUGGAGAAGAGCAGAACAAAUCUCAGCAGAACUCAAGCAGGCACACCAAGGCUGCGAAGACAGAUGCCAACAGCAAUUCCUGGUGAAAAGCAUAUAAGGUGAUGAAGUGGUCGAAGCCAAUAUUCUGAUUCCCGUGGAGGAUGAGAGGGCAAGAUUGUACUCCCUGGCUCCAUUCGUCCCCACCGUUCAGUAGUCAUCUCUGUAAAUCUGCAGUUUCUACCAAAACGUGUGAUCGUAGGUCUCAAAGGAUCUUGCUUUAACUUUCAGCACUUAGAAAAUUUACAGAUGUUCAGACCUGUUCUGGUUGGUAUUGUCACCCGCAACAUUUAACAUGUUGGGAAGCUUGACAGGAGUAGAGAAAAAUGGGUGAAGAUUGUAUUUUUGCACCUUAACUCCACAUUGCUUUAUAUUGCAUUGGUUAAUUUAUAUUCUUUCUAUGUAAUCCAUGUAAUUAUAUGUGUGUGUGAGUUUAAGCGUCACCUCCUUUCAUGUUUUUGAUUGCCCUACAAAGCAAAACCAAAUGGGCUGAUUACUGACUGAAGGUUCUCAGCCUUUAUGGACCUAAUCUUACUUCUUUCUACUUACUUGAGUAACGUUUAUUUUCUGCAUGAACCAUGAUUUCUCCUGUGAGCCAUUCCAGCAUAAGCUGUGAAUCUGUAUUAACAAAUAUAUACAUUUCUAUUUUUAUAAUCCAUUAUGAUAUGCCUGUUUUAAAUAAUGAACAUGUUAACAAAAUCCAUCAGAAAAAAACUUUAAGACAGUCUCUGUUUAAAACCUUUUGUUGCUGUCUUCUUAAACUAUCUUUAUAAAAAAAAAAAAAAGGCAAAUCUUUAUUUGCUAGGGCCAAAUCUAUCCUUAGAGAAUAAUUAGCCCAAUUGUAUUUUUAAGCAGGAAGUAACCUUUCAGGCAUUUCACCAUCAUACAUUAUUUUGACAACCUAGCGUAUGUAUGUAUGUGUUUCUACAAUAUUUUAUGUCUACAUUUAUGUGGGGAGGACAGGAGUGAAUGUUCACAUACAUUUUCUUGCGUAUGCAACUGAAGCAGAGAAUUUUUCUGAAGGAAAUAGGAUGAAACUAGCUGCUGAGAUUGAACUUCUGUCUUGAGAUCUGGAACAAAACAAGGGACAAAUUGCUGGUAGACUCAAUUGCUGUAGCCAGAAUGAGAGCACUUCGCUUCUUCCCUGACACGUGAGUGUCCUUAUGAAUGUGUUCUGAGCCAGAAACCCAGGUGGGCAGACUCCGCUGUCAAGGGAAGCGCCAGAGCCCUGGAGCUGCGCUGUAAGCAGCACCGAGGCCAGUGGACCUGGCAGGAGCCAUGGAGGUCACGGUAUUUCUUCCCUGUCCCCAUGAUAGCUACCUUUAUGUUCUCCCUAACUACCAAACGGGCGAUGGUUGGCAUCAAGCUUACAAUACAAUACACUGAGAUAGACCUGGGAAUCUUUCGGUUUCCUCAGUAAGACACUUUAUUUCUCUUCUCUUUCCUGUAGUCGAAUCAAGAGCUGUGUUCUCUGUUGCUGCUAAAUUUUAAUCGAUCUUCAUUCUAAUGAAACAAAUAUUUGGCUUCCAAAGAAAAUAUGUUGUUACAAAGGGGCAGUUUAAGAGGAGGCAUCAUAAUCUAGAUUUGUCUGUGAGGCAGAACAUGAGCUGGACCAUAUAAUUUCGGUUGCCAGGGACUUUCCCCUUCUCGUAGGCCACGGGUUUGAAUAAAGUGCCUCCCCCUAGCCUGAGUUCCUGAAGAUGUCUUUCUGCUUAGGCUGCAAACUCUAAUCUCUAGCCUACUCUAGUCGUGUUGACUACUGACAUACCACUAGCCCAGCUUGUUGGGUCUCUCUGUGUUUUGGAAGAUUGGGGGUUUAAGAGUAUUUAAUGUCUUUUUAGCAUCUUAAAUAUACAUAGAUUAAGGGCUGUUGAUAUUUAGGCCUUUGGGAUUUGUAUUUGAAAUAUAGUGUUCAGAUUGUAAUGGGUAUGUUUUUGCAUCUGGUCUACUCACUACUUUAUUUUGCAAAACAACCCAAGACUUACUUUUUGUUGCUUUGUUUAGUAUCUUUUGAACUCCCCCAGAAGAGUUGUUUUCAAAGUAAACAUUCCAAAAUGAAUGUGGCUCUUCAAUGGAAUGUCAUUGUGCUUCAAGUAUUUCUUUUCUUGUUGUAAUUCUAAAUUACAGGAUCACUUGAGCUUUCUCUCCCCUCCAUAUCUUUACAGGAGCAGUGACUUUGUGUAAUCUGGGGUGAAAGUAAAUUAUAAUAUAUUUAAGUUUAUUCCUAAACCUAUCUGUUUUCUAUUUUGGAGUAGAUUGAACCAAGAGAGAGUUCACUGGUCUCUAGAAGGAUGUUAGGUUACUGUGGGUACCGUGCUGGCUGUACACUUUGGCUGCUUCGAAGCAUCGAAUCAAUGUCACUGAGGAAAACAGCUGGGGCACCUCCCUGAGCGGUCCAGUUAAGGAGGAGCACACGGACGCCCAGGCCGCUCGCCGGCAGUGUCAGGAAGGCAGAGGCAGUCGGUGCGUUCAGAAGGAGCUACUCUCCUUGUUUUCUGAGAUGACAGAGCAAUGUUUGCUUCUCCUUUUAUUCCCAAAGAAAGCAAGCUAAGGGAGAGAUAUAUAUUUGUGUAUCUAGAACAGUCAUAUUUUGUCACUACUUUAUCAUCAACCUGUUAUAUGUUAGGGUAACUGAAUAUAAUAUGGAAUAUUAAGUUUGACUAUGUCAGGUUGUAAGAUAUAGUUGAAGUUCUUAAGAAUGUUUUUUUCUAUUUGAUCUAAAAUCUUUCUAUUGUAUCUAAUCAGAACUAUCUUACUACAGCAGAUUCAUACCACUGUUUACCAGCUGAUCGACAGUAUAGAUCAGUAUCACCAUGUACAUUUUGUUUUGUCAUCUUUACAUUAUGAUGAAUUUGACUUGGCUAAUUACAAAAAACACAGAUUUAAACUAGACUUACCUUUGCAAAGAAGAUUUUAGAACAUAAAUGCUAUAUUUCAUAAGAAAUCACUUUCAUAUUAUCAAUGACAUAUUUAGUUUUUAAAAGAAGGAAGAUUACUAUUAAGCCACAUGGUAUUUUGGGACAUUGAAGGAAUUUUUCUUUCUCUGAAGAGCAUUGUACAAUUAUAUUUUUAUGGGAAAUAAAAUAUCUUCACCAGAAA